GCUGAUGAUGCUACAGAACGUUCAGAUGAACCAGCUGUUUCUGAGUGGCCAGGUGGCAGCGGCGCUCAACCAGGGGCUUUCCUGGACUCACCCACAGGUCUCCCUGGGGGUUCAACAGGCGGAGGAGACUGCAGCUCAGGAGGAGGCACCUCUGGUUUUCCACCACCACUAUCUGCCCUGCCCGAUGCCUGCCCUGGGCCCCCUGCUUCCCUGGCCAGGCCCUCUUCUUUCCCCUCCCCUACACCAGCCCCACGUGCAGGAUUCAGCUGUGAUUCAGCACCACCCUCCUGCACCUGGAAAAAGGAGGGUGAGAGCGGUGCCCCCACCCCCACCCCCCAGUGCCACGGGAACUGUGGGUGCAGAUGUACCUCCAGCUUCAGACUACUAUGAUGCGGAGAGCCUAUAAUGAGGACAAACAGCAGCCCUGGGGCCCAGGCCAGCCUCAUUGAAGAGUUGGAAACAGCCACCCUGGAGCCUCCAUGUCCCUCUCGUGCCUAACAACCCCUUUCUCCACCUGGCAACCCUUCUUACCUUCCCAUGCCCAACCAGGCCAUCUCCCCGGGGUGGAUGAGUUCCAUCUCCUUGGGGUAGAUGAGUCCUGUCUCCACCACAUGGAGACCUUGAACCAACCUGAUCUCUGAUCCGGGUGAGAGUCCCUUAGAGCUCCGUCCAGGCCCCAGAAGCCACAUGAAAGGCCAACCAUGUCCAGUUGAUUGCUGCCCCGGUUGGCAGAGGCCUGGGAGACGGAGCCCUCCCUCGACCUCCUCCCCUUCCCCUCUCUCUGGAUGACCAGGACUGCGGCGUCUCCAUUUAGCCCAAUAACAGAACUGGAGGUAACAGGCGAGGACUGCUUUUGUUUCCAUGGCUCUCCGAAGGCCCAGAGUGAUGGGGGAGGCCUGGCAGGGAGGUUCCCGGAGCCCAGCCACUGGGCCCCCAUACUCACCCCUGGUGCUGGCUCUGUUGGCAGAAGAGAGAAGCCAGAGCCACGUCCUGGAGGGCCACGUGGGAACAGAGUGUCUCUCUGCCCCUCUGGGCCAGGCGGGUCUCCCCGCCCUCCGUCAGGAGGAAGCGGCCUCUCAGGGUCCCAUGAGGCUGGGUGCCUGGUGCCCGGGCCAGUCGGCCUGGGGGCACGCCAGGGCCUGGGUUUGCUGGGGCUCCAGAAGGCCUCCGAAGGAGAGGGCAGAGGGGGCAGAGGAGACGUUUGGAGACAGAAGUUCAGCCAGGCCUGGUGGCUCCCCUUCCUGGCCAUUCCCAGCAGGAGACAU